AUGGAUGGCGCCGAUGCUCUUCUCGGAGGUCUCGCGAGUGGAGACUCCGUACCAGCUGGAGACGCACCGCCUUUGGAGCCUACCAUGAAGAGGGAUCAGGACUCAAUGGACGAUUUUGAACAUCUUGAUCGUGACGGAAAGAGAGACGCUGGUGAGUCACCUCACCGCCAGCCUGCCACCGCUACACGCAGUUUCCUCGAUAUGGAACGCGAGCUACUGUCGGAGCCGCCUCGUGCGCCUUCCGCCUCGGCAGACCAUAUCGCUGACAAGUUCACAGAUAGUGAGUCAGACGCUGACACGGCUGGCGAGUCUCCCAUACACCGGGUGGAGCCCAGGACAGAGGCAGUACGUGCCGCUGGCUAUACACCUGAACCACCGAGCGACCCUACACCUGUUCUAGCGCCAGCGACCGCACUGGCACCUCUUUCGCCACCUGCUCCUAGUGUACCGGUGGCACCCGAGAAACCUCUACCGGAGGAGCCCAGGCCAGCAAAGUCACCCGAGCCGACACCUGAGCCUCCGAUCGUGGAGCCUGUUCCCAUGCAGUCGGAACCAGUACCUCCACCAAAGCCAGUAGUAGCUCCAGAGCCAAAACGCCAAAUAGCGCAUGUAAUUGAGGCCGAGGUUAUCUUCUGCCAGAUGGGACUGGAUGCCUGGUUCGACCCGCAGAGGCUGCACCCAGAAGUGGAGUCGCUGAUCUACUGGCGGUCGGCGGCGCACAGCGGGCUGGCGCUGGGCGCGGGGCUGGCGCUGCUGGUGGCGCUGGCGUGCUGCUCCGUGGUGUCGGUGCUCGCCUACGCCUCGCUGCUGGCGCUCUCCGCAGCCGUCGCCUUCCGCAUCUAUAAGAACGUGCUACAGGCUGUGCAGAAGACUAACGAUGGUCAUCCAUUCAAAUGGCUGUUGGAGCGCGACAUCAGCGUGCCGGCGGAGCGCGCGCAGUCGCUGGCGGCCGCCGCCACCGCGCACCUCAACGCCGCGCUCGCAGAGCUGCGCAGGUUGUUCCUGGUUGAGGACUUGGUGGACUCGCUCAAGUUCGGCGUCCUGCUGUGGUGCCUGACCUACGUAGGGGCCUGCUUCAAUGGAAUCACGCUCAUCAUACUCGGGUGGAUAGCACUGUUCACUCUGCCGAAGGCGUAUGAGAUGAACAAGGCGCAGGUGGACGCCAAUCUCGAACUCGUACGUGGAAAGAUCAACGAGAUCUCCGCCAAGGUGCGGGCGGCGGUGCCGCUGGGCAGGAAGUCGGAGAGCGAGAAGGACAAGUAG